AAUAAGGCGCAUUGCAUUCUUCAGUGUUGAUUUCAGCAUAACAAAAGAGCAUAUUGCAGCUAUAGUAAUACAGACCCCAGUAACUCUACUGUCUUUGUAAAUAAUGCAGGCAAACAAUAACCAAGGCAAAGAAAGACAUUGAACCGGCUCAAGACAUCCUUGGCUAAUACAAAACCCUGCAAUGAGUUAACGCACAUAAAGGUCAAUUUGGUACAAGUGACUUACCUCACGACUCAGAGUGAUACAAGCAACGGCACGUAAUUCGAGUCCAAUUGGGGCAAACUCCAUACUCGGUAACCAUGAUAACAAUGCUACUUCAAUGUUCCCUUCCCCCAUCCUCUGAUCCAGCCGGGAAUGUACCGGGCAUAUGGAGGUUUCCUUGUGUGGAUUGCUCUUGCUGAUUCGCAGGCGACGCAGGGUUGGAGCCGGUUGGCCUACGAGACGUAUAUCCACGAGUUGUUUUCAUCAGCUUUACUGUCUUUCAUUACCAUCGCACAUAGUCGCACUCACGCUGUAUCCCAUUUGGUCCAAAGGAAAACAUAGCACGAUUCCUUCCAGGCUGCCCCCUACCCGCCAUAGUUGCAGGUUCUCCUAAGUCUUGCUGCGGUACAACUCUCUCACGCGGCAUGGGUUCACGUGGUGGAAGCUCUGAUGAUUGCUGUUGUGGUCCUAGCUGUUGCAGCUCAUGCCCCUGGGACUCUGGCUCUUGCUGUCCUGACUGUUGCUGUCCAAGCUGUUGGUGUUGCUGUACAGGAUGGUGAGAUCCUUGCUCUUGUGGCCCUUGCUCUGCUCGCUGUUGCUCGGGCGUGAUCGUCUCACCACCACUAGCUGCCAAAGGCUCAUCCACACUUUGCUCAGUCCCAUGCGAGUCAUCAUCAUCAUCAUCAUCAUAGUGAGUAACGACGAACGGACUGCUGUUCCUAGUAGU